UGGCUCGCGGGCAGCCCGGGUGGGGGCCGGCCGCGAAGAUGGCGGCAGUGGUGGAGGUGGAGGUUGGAGGAGGUGCUGUUGCGGAAAGGGAGCUGGAUGAGGUUGACAUGUCACACCUCUCCCCAGAGGAGCAAUGGAGGGUCGAACAUGCACGCAUGCAUGCCAAACAUCGUGGCCACGAAGCCAUGCACGCUGAAAUGGUCCUCAUCCUCAUUGCUACCUUGGUGGUAGCCCAGCUGCUCCUGGUACAGUGGAAACAGCGGCACCCCCGUUCUUACAAUAUGGUGACCCUCUUUCAGAUGUGGGUUGUUCCCCUCUAUUUCACAGUGAAGCUGCAUUGGUGGAGGUUCUUGGUGAUCUGGGUCUUCUUCUCUGCUGUCACAGCCUUUGUCACCUUCCGAGCCACACGGAAACCUCUGGUGCAGACAACCCCCAGGUUGGUUUAUAAAUGGUUCCUGCUAAUCUAUAAAAUCAGCUAUGCCACUGGCAUUGUUGGCUACAUGGCUGUCAUGUUUACCCUCUUUGGUCUUAACUUACUAUUCAAGAUUAAACCAGAAGAUGCAAUGGACUUUGGCAUUUCUCUUCUCUUCUAUGGCCUCUACUAUGGCGUUCUCGAGCGGGACUUUGCAGAGAUGUGUGCAGACUACAUGGCAUCCACCAUAGGGUUCUACAGUGAGUCCGGCAUGCCUACCAAGCACCUCUCAGACAGCGUGUGUGCUGUGUGUGGGCAGCAGAUCUUCGUGGAUGUCAAUGAAGAGGGCAUCAUCGAGAACACAUACAGGCUUUCCUGCAAUCACGUGUUCCAUGAGUUCUGUAUCCGAGGCUGGUGCAUCGUGGGAAAGAAGCAGACCUGUCCCUACUGCAAGGAGAAGGUGGACCUGAAGAGGAUGUUCAGCAAUCCCUGGGAGAGGCCUCAUGUCAUGUAUGGGCAGCUGCUGGACUGGCUUCGCUACUUGGUGGCCUGGCAGCCUGUCAUCAUUGGCCUGGUACAAGGCAUCAGCUAUAUCCUGGGCCUGGAGUAAUCGGGAAUCACAUCGUUGGAGAACCCACCCACCCAGCAUGGACCUCAGGGCACUCUCCUUGCUGCCCACAAAGACUUGGGUGGGAAAGACUCAAAGGCACUUGGGCCACUCAGGACCUCCCCAGCUGUGUCUGGGUUGGGGGGGAAAUGAUGGAGAACCAGCCAGUGGGGCUGUCAGCAGCGGGGGAUUUUUAAAAGAAAUUAUUUUGAUGAAUAUAUUUAAAUUUUUUAUUGUGGAGCAUAGGAACUGUCCCCCCCUCCUAGGCCUUCCCCUGCCUGAACAGAGCAGGGCAAAGCUGCAGUAGUGUAGGUUGGGAGAAGUCCUCUCCCCUCGUCGAGAGCACUGCUGGUUCUCUGAGUGCUUCAGCCUCUCCUCUCCCUUCCCUUCCCUCCUCCAGGCUCAAGCCUGGUGUGCACUCAGUGUCGGGGAGCUUAGACUGGUGCCAGGUGAACACUGAGUGGUGAAGGUCUCUUCAUCUCUGACUGCUAUAGAAGAUAGGUGUUAGGUGUGACUCCGUUCCUUUAUGUCUGGACACUAAAGGCUGGGUGUGGCAAAAUCAGUGACUUCCAACUAGGGAAGCCUUGUGACCUCAACAUCCGUUGACAUGUUUUGCGACAACUGGAAGAACAAGUAGCAAGCUAAGCUGGUCCUGAGCAGGGCUGUCAGGCAGGGUGUCAGAGCCAGCUCUGUCCAUCUCGACUACGGGAGCUACUUUGGCAGCAGCAAGUGUUGCAGCUUCUUGUGCAAGUCGCCCUUCAGCCCAGAAGCGUUACCAUGUGCCAAGGAUACUCUGCACGUCACUUCCCAAAAGCCUGAGAGUGUGUAUGGUUGUGUAUUCACAUAGCAGACAGACUAGUGGAUCCCUGUUUCUGCCAGUCAUCCAUGUGUCCUUGAAGCUAACCGGGGAUUCUGAGCCCGGGGAACAUCCCUGUGUAGCCCUGGUCAUCUGUGGCCUCUUCCUGGGCCUGACGAUGAGAAUGGUGGGUGGGUAGCAAGAGUAAGGCCCAAGUGAAUACUGGUUCUGAAAAGGGGCUUCGAAGCAGGCCUACGCAUAGUCCUGGGAGCCUGACAAAAGUGGGCUCUGAGAGUUCAUGGCUCUGCAGCACUGGGUUGCUAGGGAAAUUUGGCCUGGCCCCUUUGAGGGUAACAAGAACCAACCAGGAUCUUGUCGGCACAUCUGAAUAAAGCUCCAUGAGCUGGGCUGGAAAAGCUGAA